AUGGCUCACAUACAGGACUAUGGUCCAGCUGCCCCUCAUGGGCCCGACAUGAGCGGUACCCACGACCCUAUACAUACCAUGGACGAAAACGAGAGGCAGAUCUUCGACUACCUCAUCAAGCCCGACGACAGCUUCACUCCUGAGGGCGUCUACUGGGCUGACCUGCCUCUGAUGAAGCGUAUCGCCUUUGUCACCGCCUAUGAUGGCAAGGAGGCUGCCCGGGAGUUAAGAAAUAUCUGGGCAAUGUUCAAGAGGGAUCCUUUGGAACCUUUCCGUUAUUAUAUCAGGAACAUGGUCAUUCCCGGCGCUGGUCUCGGUCUCGAAGGUUACGUCCUCUUCUCUAUCGGCAACAUCAAACCUUUAUUCCAGUCAGUUUUCAAAAAUUGCUGGAGCGCAGCCAAAACCUGUAACGCCGUCUGGAUCGACGCCGUUGACUACAUGGAAAUCGUUGGUAUAAUCAUUGGACAGAUCCUCGUUGGUGUUCUCGGUGACUGGCUCGGUCGCAGAUGGGGUCUGAUUCAAGAUGCAACCAUCAUGUUCAUUGGUCUCGUCAUGCUGGUCUGUGCCUGGGGUACUACUCUCAAUGGCUGGGUCAUCUGUUACACGUGGUCUCUCUUCUUCUAUGGUAUCGGUGUUGGUGGAGAAUAUCCGAUGACAGCUACAUCCGGCAUGGAGAACGCCGUUGGCUCUGGCAAGAUCUCAACCAAGGAAGAUCGUCUUCACCGAGGCCGCAAAGUCACCAGCGCUUUCUUGAUGCAAGGAUGGGGUCAAUUCGCCAACCAAGCCAUCCUCAUUAUUCUGCUUCUGUGCUUCCACCACGGAAGCGGCAACCCACCGUACUCCGAAGUCGCCGCACAAUGGACCUACCGUAUUUCCUUUGCUAUCCCAGCUGUCGGUACACUGUGGCUUGUUUACUUCCGUACUUUCAAGAUGAGAUCAGCCAGCAAGCAACUGGCCGCAGCGAAGAAGAAGUCAAAGGUUACCGGCUACGAUACUCAGUCCCUCAAGCUUACUUUCACCUACUUCGGCCCUCGCCUUAUCGCGACCGCUGGCGGCUGGUACUGCAACGACAUCUUCUUCUACGGCAACAAGCUGUUCCAGGCCGAGUUUAUCAGCGUCCUUACCCACGGUGGCAAAUCUGUUAUGCCCGGAUGGUUGUACAACCUGAUCAACGUUGGUGUUUCCCUUGUCGGAUACUACUUGGCCUCCUUCCUCAUUGACAACAAACUCUACGGCCGCAAAAAGAUGCAAAUGCUCGGCUUCCUCAUGGACUUCAUCCUCUUCGUCGUCCCUGGCUUCCACUAUAAAUACUACACAUCUCACGCACACAUCAAAGCCUUCCAAGCCAUGUACUUUCUCUCCUCGUUUUUCAAUCAAUUCGGCCCUAACGCUGUUACCUUCCUCGUUGCCGCCGAAGUCUACCCGACCCCCAUCCGGGCCACCGCUCACGGUUUCUCCGCCGCGUGUGGCAAACUCGGCGCCUUGACUGCCGCCGUCUUGUACAACUACAUCUCCACACAGGAGAAGUUUCACGUCGUGCCUUGGUUCGGUCUCGCUGGUAUGCUGUUGACUCUACUCUUCCUCCCAGACACCACUGGUCUCGAUCUCAAGGAACAAGAACGCCGCUGGCAAUACAUCCGAGCAGGCCGUGAAUCCGACUACCACGGUGUUGCCGUGCACCCCAAGCAUUUGUCAUUGUACGAGCGCCUGCGUGGCGUGGGCAAACACUACAAUGCCGAGCUCGACUACCAGCAAAAGAUUGAGGAAAUGCGCUCCGACUGGGAAGCCACCCAAGCGAGACAAGCUCAUGAGAAGGGUGGACAGUUUGAUGAUGAUGAUCAAGAAGAUAGUGUCUGGUCGUCAGAUGUAUCUACAUACUUCGAGAAGACAUCGAGGAGUCCGAAUAUCGUGGCGAAGGAGAAAUACGCCAACGGGGAAACGACGCAGUAA